UUCACAGGAGGUGAAACUUCACAGUUUAAAAACUACUUUUUCUGGAGCAGAGCUCUCUUGCUCAGGUAGCAACUUUCCCUUUGCCAUUCUCAAAGCAGACUCCUGUUUUAUUUGCUCCUUGUCCCCACAGAUGCACUGUCAGUCACUCACUGGCCACCUCUGCACUUCAUUUGCUGUCCCUGCAUCCCUACAUUUCUCUAACCGUCUCGCCCAGAUUAACAGCCUUUACUGUUGGUAUCCUGUAUCCCAAAAUUUUGCAUGUCAAAUCCAGCAAAUUCUUUUCAGCUACCCUUGUCUAGUUAUCAGUCCUGCUGUACUGAAGGAUUUCUGAGAAACUUUACUAUAUAAUUUCUCUUGUACCUCCAUGUCUUCUCUUUCCCCUUAUUCUCUCCACCCUCUGUGUAAAAGAUCCAUCCCAUGAGGUGUGUCAUCAAGUUAUCUUCACUGCCCAAGUCUUUGUAGCUCUGCCCUGUAGACACCUUGCCCUGUUUGGGAGGCCUGGAGAUCUCUAGGGGAGAGGUGACCCUGCUCUUGGUGCUGAUGACGGCGGUGAGCACUCUGCCCCUUCCCUGCCUUGGGGAGCCCUGGGGCUGUGGGGAAGGCAGGAAGCAGCCCAGCCCGGCUGGACACAGCAUGGAGCAUUCGUGUUCCAGCUGAGCUGGAGCCAUGGCACGGUUCACCUCUGUGCUCCCUGAAGCUCAGCUCCGUGUGUGUGUGCAAGGGGAAACAGUCUGGAGGCUGAACAGGACCAUGUUUUGAGGGAUGCACGGAUGUAAAGGACAGAUGGCAUUACAUGGGGCUCUGUUUCCUCCUGCUGCUGCCUACACCCCUGCCCAUGCAACAUGUCCUUCAGUUUAACAAGUGUUGGUAUGCCUUCCAGCCAGUGUCAUCUGUCACAUCUGUGCUGCUGACUCAAGGCUUCAUAGUUUCUCCAGUACCUGACACUACAAAUACCAGAGCUCUUGAUCACACUUUCUGAUGCUUUUAUGUUUUUCACUCUUUUUUUUUUUUUUUUUUAAAUUCUUGCUCCUCUCCCUGAAAUGGCAUCUUCUCAUCGGUCUCACUUUAAAGCUUUGCUGGUAUAUUUCUUUGCUAUGCCAAGUCCCAAACUUGUUGUACUUUUCUGCCUCCUCUCUCAGCUGAUUCAAUCUCAUUUCCUCAUUGCUAAUCACAGCCUUCUCCAGCUUUGGUUAUGCUGCCCCCCUGCUCCAGACCUUAGUCAUGCUCAGUGUGUUUAUAAAUCUUAAUGCAGCCUCAAAUAUAAUGCUGUGCUGUAGCGGAGUUUCAUUGGCAUGCUCAGUCUUUGCUCGGUGAAAUACACAAGGAAUUUUGAACUGUGUUGCUGUUCUAAAACUUUUGUUUAGUAGAGUGAGCUUGUGUGUAUCUAACAACUGCUACAGAAUUGUCUUAACUUUGCAGUGUAUUUUACAGUAAUUUGUGGGAGCCAUAAAAAGAGUGAAAAGAGUGUGUGGGAGGGAGAUUUGACACAAACAUUGCAGGUAAAGGAGGUGUUGGCGUAUUUCCUCAUUUUUCUUUUUUGUUCCUGUCCCCCACCCCCACUCCCCCCUUCUUUUUUUUUUUUUUCUUUUUUUUUUUUUUUUUCCUUUGAGGAAAUGCUCCUCUAGCACUCCUGGAUAAGGCUUGCUGAUAGAUAGCCUUGCAGUGUAUUAUCACAGUUUGCCUGUUGUUUUUAUAAAUGAGGCCCUUAAGUCUCUUAGGAAUUUUCCUAGGGAGUAAUAUCCUUCAGCGUAAGGACAGCCAGUUGCACAUGUGUGCAGUUACAAAUGUAAUGCCUACUGUUUUUUUUUCCUUUUCUUUUUUAAAAAAGAAAAACAGAUCCCAAAGCAGAACGCUUUAUACUCAAAUGCCUAUCCGACAGUGUAUGACCAUUUCGAGUUUUGAAACAAUAGCAACCAACUUACCCCAUUACGUAUGUCCCAGAAAAAAAGCCUACAACAGCAUAUGUAGUAUGUGGAAGUAAUUUGGAAGGCAUCUUGCAGUUUUGAAGGGAACACGGUGAAAAGAAGAGUUGGGGGAAAGGAAUUUGAAUGUGGUCACAAAGAAACUCAUUAGCAAUAUUAAAAUAGAGAUUGUAAUGAGUGGGGUGACCAGUAACAUCUUUAUUUUUUCUGAUUUCUCUUAGCACAUAAAAAAGCUGCAGCCCAUGUGAAGAGGGGAAUUAUUAGCUAAAAGAUAGCCAUCAGAUUUCAGAAGAUAAACAAAAGGUGGAUCUGAACCUUGAAAUUGUCAGCUCAGCUCAGCUCAGCAAGAGGUUGCAAAGGCAGAGUGGUGAAAGGAAGGUUUCCUGGAGAACUCCCAGAAGAUUGAAAUGGAUUAUACAGUUCUGGAAGGGGACAAGAAACAGGCAAUGCAAAGACCAGUAAAAAUGGGAAGUACUGGAUUCUGGUUUCCUCCAAGAAGAGUCAGCGGAACUGGUUAAGACCAAAAUCUGAGGACUUUAGUGGGCAAACAUCAGUCCCCUUUUGCUUUCUUUUACGACCACAUGAAACUUGAGAAGCCAUCUAAAGCUAAAUCAUUUAGUGGAGUUGGGCAAUUCCCAAGUGUCCAACAAGAAGGCCUGGUUUAGGCUGCGAUGGCCACUGUCAUUCCUGGUGAUUUGUCAGAAGUAAGAGAUACCCAGAAAGUCCCUUCAGGGAAACGUAAGCGUGGUGAAACCAAACCAAGAAAAAACUUUCCUUGCCAACUGUGUGACAAGGCCUUUAACAGUGUUGAGAAAUUAAAGGUUCACUCAUACUCUCACACAGGAGAGAGGCCCUACAAGUGCACACAACAAGACUGCACCAAGGCCUUUGUUUCUAAGUACAAAUUACUAAGGCAUAUGGCUACUCAUUCUCCUGAGAAAACCCACAAGUGUAAUUAUUGUGAGAAAAUGUUUCACCGAAAAGAUCACCUAAAGAAUCACCUACAUACACACAAUCCCAACAAAGAGGCCUUUAAGUGUGAAGAAUGUGGAAAGAACUACAAUACCAAGCUUGGGUUCAAACGUCACCUGGCUUUGCAUGCUGCAACAAGCGGUGACCUCACCUGUAAGGUAUGUUUGCAGACUUUUGAAAGCACAGGAGUGCUGUUGGAGCACCUAAAAACUCACGCAGGCAAGUCAUCGGGUGGAGUGAAGGAGAAAAAACACCAGUGUGAACACUGUGAUCGUCGGUUCUACACCCGAAAGGAUGUCCGUAGACACAUGGUAGUGCACACUGGAAGAAAGGACUUCCUCUGUCAGUACUGUGCACAGAGAUUUGGGCGGAAGGAUCACCUCACGCGUCACAUGAAGAAAAGUCACAACCAAGAACUUUUGAAGGUCAAAACAGAGCCAAUGGACCUUCUAGAUCCCUUUACCUGCAAUGUUUCUGUGCCUAUUAAAGAUGAGCUGCUUCCAGUGAUGUCUUUACCUUCCAGUGAACUGACAUCAAAGCCAUUUACAAACACUUUGCAAUUAAAUCUCUACAACACUCAGAUUCAGUCCAUGCAGAGUUCUGCAUCUGCACACCAAAUGGUUGCCACAUCAUUACCAUUGGGAAUGCCUUGUCCAAUAGAUAUGGAGUCUGUCCACCCUCCUCACCAGCUAUCGUUGAAAUAUCCACUCGGUACUACCUCAUACGCAAUUUCUAUGCCUGAAAAAGAACAGCCAUUGAAAGGGGAAAUCGAAAGUUACUUAAUGGAGUUGCAAAGUGGUAUGCCUUCUUCAUCCCAGGAUUCUCAAGCAUCUUCAUCAAAACUAGGGCUGGAUCCACAAGUAGGGCCACUAGAUGAUGGGUCUGGGGAGGUUUCCCUUUCCAAGGGCUCUGUUCCUAUUAGUGAACCUCUAAACACCCCAUCAUUGGACUUUUCUCAGCUGUUCAACUUCAUACCUGUAAACGGCCCUCCCUAUAAUCCUUCCGUUUCAGUGGGGAACCUCGGAAUGAGUUAUACACAAGAGGAGGCACAUUCUUCUAUGACUCAACUUCCACCACAAACCCAGGAUCCACAGGAUCCUAGCAAUAGUAUAGGUCUUGGGUCUCUGCACUCGUUGUCAGCAGCUUUCACAAGCAGUCUAAGCACAACCACCACCCUACCACGAUUUCAUCAAGCUUUCCAAUAGGAUGUACAAAGCUGGCUUGUUACUGUCUAUUUGUAGAAAUGCCUUAGGUGACCUUUUUUAACUUAGUGCCUACUAUAAGACAUUAUAAAUUCUCUGCUUUUGUACAGUACCAAUCUCAUGAAGCCAGUAAGAAAUUUAAAUUAACUUUUUAAAAAUGUUUUGGAAGUGUUUAUUCUCAGCUGUGUUUACUUUGUUGUUUUUUUUUUAAGCAGUCUCAUUGUAUUGUUUUCAUUUUCACUGCCAAUUGACACAUUGAAAAUGCUCAGUAGAAAGUCAUCCCAAGCAAACUCUCAGCGCUCAUCCCUUUGUCACAACUUUUUCAACCAUACCAGCUAUUCCAUUUUAUUGAUGUCAGUGGUAGAGCUACCACCACUUUUAAUAUAUAUUUUACUAUUUGCAAAGAAUCCAGAUAAAAGUAUGUAUCACAAAGAUUCCUGAAGAUUUGGGAAAAAAAUAUGUAUUUCCAGUCCAUUUCCAAACAAAUCCUCUUCCCAUAUGGUGUCAUGUCUGAUCUGCUCUAUAAUGACAAAUCUAAAUUUUUUAAAUAAAUAGAGAAUUCAGAUUUUUCUGAAAACUUGUGUGUGUAUAUAUAGAACUCCAUAUAUACACAUAUACAUAUAUAUAGCAUUUGACUUGCAUUGAAGUCAUUAUAAAAGGUGUUGAGAAUUUUUGCCAUUUUCUGGCUUAAAUUUUUUUGGCCUGUUACAGAUAACAGAUGAAAAACAGAAUUAGUUUAAUUCUCUAAAAUCAUGGCUGAACAGAAUUUCAACAGAGAAUCUCUUCUUGCCUGGAUGACAAAUGUUUCAAGUUGAAUUUGGAACUCUGUUGUUGUGCUUUCAUGACUCUGGUAUAGGGAAACAGGCAAAAUUAAUGGCUGAUCUUGAAAUAUAAAAGUGUUGUAAUGUAGUAAUGCAGAAUAUUUUGUCGCAGUUUUUGUUUUAAUUCUUGCUGUUUUUUUUCUCUUUAGUAGUAUAGAAAGAGUACUUCAUAGGAAUCUUCCAGUAGUGUAUUCGCAUUUGUAGGCAUCAGUCUUCUCCCAGCUGCCACCGCCAAAGGGUGGUUCAAGUCCAGCCAGAAAGUGUGUAUCUAUUUUCAGUCCAAAACUAGUGUGCAGUCAGAGAGUGAAUGUAAAUUUGCAAAUACCGGGUUUUGUUUUUGUUUUGCCUUUUUUUUUUUUUCCUGUUGAAAUUAUCUUUUCAGUUGUGUUACAUGGUGUGUUAUGUCCUCCUAAGCAACAAGUUAGAUGUUAAUCACACUUUCUACACCUGGGUACUUGGUUAGGGACUUUUUGCCCAUUGCCAAGAUUUAAAGACAGGACUCUUAGGAGUGAAGUAAAAGCAUAUUGCUUACACCACUUUUACCUAAUGCAAUAUAUUCUAUUCCCCAACCCCUAAUAACCAAAAGAUAAAAAAAAAAAAAAAACAAGCAACCCUGUGAUGCAUGAAAGCAAACUAGAUUUGCUGUACUUCAACAGUAACGUUCUUUUCCUUGUCAUUUUUGUACAAGGAAUUAAAAAAUAGAGAUCAACUACAUUAGUAUCUCUCAAACAAUAAUGAGAAUUCGUACAAGGUUUUAAGUGGUUAAACUAAAUAUACUUCACAGAAACAAAAGUUGCUCCCAUUUAAGGAGCUCAUGCUCCGGAUGUUUUAUCAGUAGCUCCUACUUUUUUUUUUUGUAAUUCUAGGAGCAAUAUGCAGGUGUAGUUUUACUAUUUUAUACGUAUGUGUAUUUAAAUUUUAUUACUAAAAGAUAACAUUUUUAUAAAUGUGUUUGUGUUCCAAAGGCAUUAAAAUAAGGAUGUAUUAAUAAGGAAAAUACCUUUUGAAAUUCUGCAAACUACUCCUAGAUUUUGGUUUUAGGAGCACGUUAUCUCAAAGUGGGCUUUUAGCUCUGCUUCAUGACUGCUUCCUCUGGUUUCUGUGAAACAGAUUGCUCGCUUACAUCUUUAGUUGAAUGAUUUGUUCAAUAUUGCUUCUUUUCUCUUUCACCUUUCUAAACGAAAGAAAAACACAGAUGAACAGAGCACAAGGUGAAUGCAACUGAAUGUAACUCUGGUUUAAAUUGGCAACCAGAACGCAGCUAGGAGGAACUCGGGUUUUUUCUCAAUCCUUUAAAUCAGUCUGAGAUGAAGAUAAAUGAACUUAAUUCCUCCAGUGGUUUGGAAAGUUGGGAGUGUUCAGCAUCCUGCAGCCAGCCCAGCGGUGUGGCUGUGCAGCCUCAGGCACACAAAUUCCCAAUCCAUUGCGGCUGUUUAUCAGGCUCAGUUGCCGAUUAGACUUCAUUUACAGAAACAAACCCCAAACAGACACGUUGCCAACACCUAUUUCUCAGCACGUAGCCAGAAUCCUUACUACUUUGUUUUGUGCCUUAGCUUCCUGUAAAGGGAUUGACAUUUCACUUUGGAGUUAGAUGUACAUUUCACUUAAGAAACAGGGACCUCAGACAAGGUAUUGAACCUCAUUCAGUCAGGGUUUCAGUGGGUACAUGCACCAAGCAUGUUUGCCACUGGACUAGGAUGUAUGGUAACGUGGAAGCAGACUGACACUGUAAGCAAUACUACCACCACCAGAGUGCUUUUGAGUAUCACUUAGGCGGAGUCACUAUUGGCCACUACUAAACCAUCACUUUUCAAACCCUGUCUUCUCCAUUUCAGAUGGAUUCUUGGUGGGAGGGGGGAGGGCUGGCUGAUCAUGCACCACUCUUUGUGUAACUUCUAGACUUCUAGUAAGGUUCUUUUGUUCUCUUGUUUUGGUUUUGUUUCCUUUUUUUUUUUUUUUUUAAUAUAUAUAUUUUUGUGUACUUGUUGCUUGUGCUUUAUUUAGUAGUAAAUUGUGGAAUAGAGUGAUUUAUUGUUAAUUUGGCAGUAGCGGUUUUUAAAAACCAUAUACUGACUGAAACAUGAGCCAGAGCUGAUUGCUUUAUUAAGCUAAUAAUGAAUGUUAAGAGUACAUAUUUUCAGGAUCAUUUGCCUAGUGAGCUAAACUUGUAUUAUAGGCCAAUAUUUUUUAAAAUAAAAGCUUGGUCAACCUCUAUGUUACACAUAUUACAAGAUAUAGCACUUUCAAAAAGAAAACCUAAACCUUUUAAGAAAAUUUCUUACAGGUUAUGCUUUUUAUUAUAAAACCUUUUAUUAUAAUUUGUUUCAAGUGCCAUUAGAUUACAUAUAUGUAGGCCUUUGGUAUAAUGCUUUGUGUACAAAAUGGUAGACAUUGUAAUUUUAAACAGGUACAUUUUUACAGUGUUUUCUUAUCAAUUUGCUAUAUUGCACAGAACCAGUGUGUCUUUCUUAAGGGUUUUACAAUGGUUUUUACUAGGUUUACAUGUUUCAAACUACACUGUCUUCUACUGCCAUUUUGAAUAUCAGUCAAACGAAAGGAGUUUGUCCUCACCAAAUGCAAACUGUGUCCUCUGGAGUUCUGUAUGGUAAACUAUGGCAAAAAUGUUUUAACACGCAGUAUUUGAUACAGAUCUUUUUAUCAUAUCCUGUCAUCGCUAUGCUGCUGUCUGAAGUUGACUUAGGGCCUUAUCCUGCAUCCGUAAAGGUCAGGGGGAGCAGGAUUGCAUCCUUCGUUAUGUCUGUCUCAUACACUGGUUUAGCAGCUCAUCCUGUAUUCUUCUCAGUCUGUAGGUAAGCCUCUGAAAUAAAUGUACUUAUCUAGCAUGUAGUAAACCGCGUAGGCUUAGCUGCCCAUCCUGCAUCCUCCCAGCGUACAGUUAAAGCCACAGCCUAUAUAGCAUUAUGCUCAACGUACAGAUAAUGCCACAGUAGUUCAAAAUGUAUUUGGAUAGUCCCAAAGCUUUUAUGCAAUAAGGGUGUCUUACUUUUGUUGGAAGGCAGUGUCUUUUGAUAACAGUUAUCUAGCCCUGGAAGUGACACAGAACUAUUGCUAAUCAUAUGUAAACACUUUUCAGUAUAAGCUUCAGUGGUACAGUUGAACCAGAGUGAAUGUUUAUCUCCUCAGAAACACUCCUGCAAUAUUGUUAUAUUGGAUCAUGCUGCUAAUGUAACUUGGGAUACAACUCCUCUCAUGGUGCUACAAACCUCCCUGUCUCAUUCAGAUGUAUUUUUACCCAUAGAAAAAAGGACUAUACUAGACCUAUAGUUGUAUGAUAUAUUUUUAUACUGUGACUUAAUUUGUCAUUAAUGAACUUUGUGCAACACCACAAUGUAUUCAUAUGCACUUGCAAAAGUAAAAUUUUGGACAUGCAAAUUUAAACGCUGACAAGCCCAGCUCUUGUUCACAAACACAGGUGACUGCUAGUUAAACUCAAAUGUGGGCUUUUUAUAUGGUGUGGAGUGAAGAACAUACUAUAUAUUACUAAAAGCCUUUGAAUUUAGACAAUAACUGGGGGGAAGUAUAUUGGGGAAUGAUGACACACCCAAACCUGACUUGGAUUGCUGAAAUUAUAUUUUUAGCUAGUGGAAAAAUGGUUUGGACUUUAUGUUUUAAUGAGAAAAGUUUUGAGUCAAAAAUAGAGAAAGAAAAAAAAAAGAACACAGAAAACCCUGCAUUCCAGACUGAAUUUGUAUAUUUUUCUUGCAUUUAAAAUUUGCUAUCCUGUGAUAUGGGAAAUUGAGUUGCUUAUCAUGUAUAUGUACUUUAAAAUGUAUUCACAAACUACUGUUGUAUUUGUAUAAAAUAUAGACAAAAAGAUUGCAUAUAUAUUUUUGUGUAUAAGCUCUGUAAAAUAGCAAUCACAUUAUGAAGCUGCAGCAGAACUUCAUUUUAAACAUUCACAUCCAAAGAAACAGACUAUUUAUUGUCCACAUACCCUGACUAUAAAAUAUACCUUGCUGCUAUUAAACAAUAGUGCUGCAGCUUCUUGUGGCCUACAGUGUUAUGUUUGCUGUACAAAAAUAUGUGAACUCCACAAAAUAUAUCAAUAAAAUUACAGAAUGGUUUUAGUUAAUGAAUAA